AUGCAUCUUCCGCAUCAGGUUUUCGUAUAUGGUACGCUGAAAUCUGGGGAACCGAAUUUUCAUGUGAUGAGCGAGACUGACGGGAUUUAUUCCAGCAUUGGAAAAGGUCGAACUUUGCAUACAUAUCCUCUCAUCAUUGCUUCUCCAUUUAAUGUGCCGAUGGUUAUUUUUGAUCGUGGAAAUGGACAUAGAAUCCAUGGGGAAGUAUAUCAAGUUAAUGACGUGAAACUGGCGGAAUUGGAUAAAUUGGAAUGUCACCCGGAUGACUAUCGUCGAGAAAUCGAACAGAUCGAGUUAGAAGACGGAACUGUCAUCAACGCUUGGAUGUACUCCGUUCGUGAUGUAAAGCCUGAAAUUUUUGAGGGAGCCACGGCCCACAUUGAAUUGUAUACAAGCGCUGGUGAGCAUGGUCGCCCGUAUAAUGCCAGCUAUACCAUCGGAGAGACAAAUCCAGAAUAUGAAUUCAAACAGUGGUUGAAGCAGCUAAAACAU